GGUUUCUCAGGCAGAGCUUGGCCGGCUAAGGAACUGGAACCGGAACCAUCGGGCCGGGGGAGCAGGCGUGGGCCUGGACAGCCCGCGGGCAUCCAUUUGGGAGCUGGGCCCUGUUAGCUCUGCAGCAGCACCCCCUUCCCGUCCAGCCCCUCGGCAAGCGAAGUGUUUAUGGGGCAACAGCGGGGGCUGCCAACAAAGAAAGCCCUGAACGGAGCCCAGGAGGCCGAAUGUCGGGCCUCGCUCACGGGGCUGGAAAUGGGACUGCGUCAUCUGAGCGCCGUGUGCCCAGCAGCGGAGCAUCUGCCGGGGGCUCGGCACGUCCUUUCUAUUUCCAGUCUAAUCUGGAAUUAGGGAAGGAUUAGUGUCCAGGCAGCGGCCAUUAGUCAGCCCUCCGCUGGCCUGACCUGCUGUUUAUCAAUUACAUAAAGACAAGGAGUGAUUGGCCGCCAUUCUCCCAGCUUUGCUUGUCCUUCUUGUGUUCUGGCUUAAAAGAGAGCUGCCCAUUGGAGGUUGGAAAGAGCGAGCAGAAGGUCACGCCGGGCAGAGGAACAGACUCAAAGGCCCGAGCGUUUGUGGGAAAGCUGUUGCUAAGGGAGAUGCACUACAUAUCAUUGAGGAAAAAAGUCUCAUUAACAAGAAAUGAAAACCAAUCUGGUGGAUGUUCUGCUGCGUCGGGCGGAGAGGGAGAAGUACAGCAGGACCUUGGCUGUGCUUGAGUUAACAACCCCCUAGCUAGCCGGCCACUCCCCAAGCAUUGCGGGCCCUCUCUGGCCAGCCGGCUGCUCCCCAGGCACCAUCGGUCCUCUCUGGCCAGCCGGCCACUCCCCAGGCACCACGGGCCCCCUCUGGCCAGCCGGCCACUCCCCAGGCACCGUGGACCCUCUCUGGGCAGACCCUGUGCUGGAGGCUGCCACACAAACCAAAGGAAAGUUCUUGGCCUCCAGAGCACAAACCUACUUCUGAGUCUGAGCUGGGGCUGUGGCUGCCCGCCAUUCAUGACCACAGACAGCCCGUGUGGCCCAAUGGUGUCCAUGCGGUAUCAGCAGAGGCAGGGGUGCCCCCAGAGUGCUAGGCGGACCCCUGUGAUGCACCCAGGGGAUGUGGUUAAGAGUCAGUGUAAGAAGGUGCAGAGAAGUCGGGUUCUGUAGGGGACGGGGUGUCUCUCACUCCUGGAAAUGGGGUUUGAGCCAGUCUCAAAAAAUUUUAUGAAUAAGCAUCAGAAACCGGUGCUCACAGGCCAGAGGUUCAAAACUCGGAAAAGGGAUGAAAAAGAGAAGUUUGAACCUACUGUUUUCAGGGAUACACUGGUCCAGGGCCUCAAUGACGCUGGCGAUGACCUCGAGGCAGUAGCCAAGUUCCUGGACGCCACCGGCUCCAGGCUGGACUAUCGCCGCUAUGCAGACACCCUGUUUGACAUCCUGGUGGCCGGCAGCAUGCUAGCGCCUGGCGGGACCCGCAUAGACGAUGGGGACAAAACCAAGAUGACCACCCACUGUGUGUUUUUUGCCGUCGAAGACCACGACGCCAUCAGAAACUACGCUCAGGUCUUCAACAAGCUCAUUAGGCGAUACAAAUAUUUGGAAAAGGCGUUUGAAGAUGAAAUUAAAAAGCUCCUCCUCUUCCUCAAAGCCUUCUCAGAAACGGAGCAGACCAAGCUGGCCAUGCUCACGGGCAUCCUGCUGGCCAAUGGGACGCUGCCGGCCACCAUCCUCACCAGCCUCUUCACUGACAGCAUAGUCAAAGAAGGGAUCGCUGCCUCCUUUGCGGUGAAGCUCUUUAAAGCGUGGAUGGCCGAGAAAGAUGCGAAUUCUGUUACCUCUUCUUUGAGAAAAGCCAACUUGGACAAGCGGUUACUUGAACUCUUUCCAGUUAACCGCCAGAACGUGGAUCACUUUGCUAAAUAUUUCACUGAGGCAGGUCUGAAAGAGCUCUCUGAUUUUCUCCGGGUCCAGCAAUCCCUGGGCACUCGUAAGGAGCUCCAAAAAGAGCUUCAGGAGCGCCUCUCUCAGGAGUGCCCCAUCAAAGAGAUCGUGCUGUACGUCAAAGAGGAGAUGAAGAGAAAUGCUCUGGUGGAAACAGCCGUCAUCGGGCUCCUGUGGACGUGCGUCAUGAACGCAGUCGAGUGGAAUAAGAAAGAGGAGCUCGUGGCCGAGCAAGCCCUCAAGCACCUCAAGCACUACGCGCCCCUCCUGGCCGCAUUCAGCUCCCAGGGCCAGUCGGAGCUGGUCCUGCUGCAGAAGGUGCAGGAGUACUGCUAUGACAACAUCCACUUCAUGAAGGCCUUCCCCAAGAUCGUGGUCCUCUUCUACAAAGCCGACGUCCUAAGUGAAGAAGCCAUCUUGAAAUGGUACAAGGAAGCCCACGUGGCCAAAGGCAAGAGCGUCUUUCUGGACCAGAUGAAGAAGUUUGUCGAGUGGCUGCAGAACGCGGAGGAAGAGUCCGAAUCGGAAGGGGAGGACAAUUAGCGGCCGUGCUCCGGCUCUCCAGGCUGCCACCAAGGCCUCUUGGGGAACGCUGUCUCCUUCAGGAAACAAGGCUCCCGCAUCUGUCCGGCUGCCCUGGUGUAGAGGGGGUCCCACCCCCCUAGGGAGGCCCUGCCACCUCCUCCAGCCUCCCUCAGACGAAGCCAUCCAGCGGCCCGGCUUCCUCGGCUGGAGCCGCCCUUUCAGGUACCCGGGGGCUAUGGCAGGCUCGGUCGCUACUUCUGUAUUUGCUUGUGUAUGUGAUCAGACAAAACCACUUUUUUAAAUGAAAAAAAAAAAUAAUAAUAAUAAAUGGCUUUUUUAAAAACCAGCGGACCAGAGCAU